GUGACGCAUCAGAUUCGCCGGCGGAGGGGAGGUCACGGAAGUGAGGUGACUUCUGCUCUUAAAUGUAUGAGGCGGGUGCUAUAGAACGAAAGCGUAGCCUCCCGCUGUCCUGACCCUCUCCUGGCUAUGGGCCCACGGAGCCGCCAGCGGCGGGCAGGGGCGAUACAGAGUACCAACGACAGCAGCGCCCUCAGCAAGAGUUCCCUGGCCGCGCGUGGGUACGUGCACGACCCCUUCGCCGCCUUGCUGGUUCCGGGGACCGUGCGCCGCGCGCCGCUCAUCCACCGCGGUUACUACGUCCGCGCGCGCGCCAUACGCCACUGCGUUCACACCUUCUUAGAACGGACGUGCGCGGUCAGUGGCGCGUCUCGCGCGCAGAUCCUGUCGCUGGGCGCGGGUUCGGACUCGCUGUAUUUUCGCUUGAAAGCUGCGGGCCUCCUGACCCGGACUGCAGUGUGGGAAGUAGAUUAUCCGGAUGUGGCGCGGCGCAAAGCGGAAAGGAUUGGAGAUACGCCGGAACUGUCCGCGUUAACUGGGCCUUUCCAGACGGGGGAUCCCGAGUCAGCGCUCUGCUUUGCGAGCUUGGACUACCGCAUCCUGGGCCUGGACCUGCGGCAGCUCCAGCGACUGGACCAGGCCCUGGCCGCCGCGGGACUUGAUCCGGCCGCACCCACUCUGCUCCUGGCUGAGGCUGUGCUGACUUACCUUGAGGCGGAUAAUGCCGCCGCCCUCAUCGCCUGGACAGCCCAGCGUUUCCCUAAUGCCCUUUUCGUGAUCUACGAGCAGAUGAGGCCGCAUGACGCCUUUGGCCAAUUCAUGCAGCAACAUUUUCGGCAGCUAAAUUCUCCCCUGCAUGGCCUGGACCGCUUUCCCGAUGUGGAGGCCCAGCAGCAUCGCUUCCUUCGGGCUGGCUGGACUGCUUGUAGUGCCCUGGACAUGAAUGAAUUCUAUCGCCGCUUUCUUCCCGAGGAAGAAUGCCGGCGAGUGGAAAAUCUUGAACCUUUUGAUGAGUUUGAAGAAUGGCAUCUGAAGUGCUCCCACUAUUUCAUUUUAGCCGCGUCUAGGGGCAGUGCAUUCUCCCAAACUCUGGUGUUUCCUCGCUCACAGGUGUUUCAUCGGGUAGAUCCCGCUUCCCCUUCAGGUGCCUUUCCUGCCAGUGUGGUCACUAGUGCCCGCCAGGACCCAGACCUUAAGAGAUAUGGCCACGCUUCUGUCCUUUUGAGCCCAGAAAUUAUUCUCAGUACAGGAGGAUUUGGGGAGGAGGAGGGGCGGCAUUGUCGAGUGAGCACGUUUCAUUUGCUGUCAAGAUACUGUGACUUUAAAUGGAAAGGCAGUCAGAUACGCAAUUGGGGGACCGGAGCUCCGUGGGAUGGACGCCUUUAUCACACCAUGACAAGACUUUCAGAUACUCAGGUUCUGGUUCUAGGAGGCCGACUGUCCCCAGUAACUCCAUCCUUGGGGAUACUUCAACUUCGUUUGUGUAAGAGUGACAGUGGUAAUAGCAUUGAGGACCUAAACAUAACAGUAACAAAGGCCGGCCCAGAAGCAGAUUCUAUUUUGUCACGUUGGCGACAUUCAACAACAAACAUGUCUUAUGAGAAUCAGAAAUAUUUGUUUGUGUAUGGGGGUCGAAGUGUGGUGGAUCCUGUACUGAGUGACUGGCAUUUCCUGCAUGUGGGGACAAUGACUUGGGUCAGGAUCCCAGUGGAGGGGGAAGCACCUGAAGGACGGCAUUCCCACAGUGCCUGCAGCUGGCAAGGGGGAGCCCUCAUUGCAGGAGGUCUAGGUGCUUCUGAAGAGCCACUGAGCUCUGUGCUCUUUCUGAAACCAAUCUCUGGUGGAUUCCUCUGGGAAUCAGUAGUAAUCCAGCCUCCCAUUACCCCAAGAUACGCCCACACAGCUCAUGUGCUCAAUGGGAAGCUUCUGCUGGUGGGAGGGAUCUGGAUUCAUUCCUCCUCAGUUCUUGGCGUGACUGUUAUUGAUUUGACUGCAGGAUUGAGUUCUGAGUAUCAGAUUGACACAACAUGUGUGCCGUGGCCAUUAAUGUUACACAAUCAUAGCAGCAUUCUCCUUCCUGAAGAGCAACAGCUUCUGCUCCUUGGUGGUGGUGGGAACUGCUUUUCCUUUGGCACCUACUUCAAUCCCCAUACAGUGACAUUAGACCUUUCUUCCUUACGUGCUGGGUAGUAAGGACUAGACGUUUUUAUAUAUUCAGGACCCACUAAAGUAGACAAUAAAAGAUUUCCACAAACAGGA